AUGACCAAGAAAUCCGAGCUUAACCACUUCCACGAAACCCUCUUUGAAGAAGGUAAAAACCUCCGCAGAACCGUAGUCAGAGACACCUACGUCGAUAGGGCCCUAACCGAAGGAUCCAGCGACUUUUCACGUCCCGGCCAGGAACUCGUCACCGAAUGGUGCUGUGGUCACAUUUGGACGAGACCUGAACUUGAGCUGAAGCAACGAAACCUACUGAACCUGGGUAUGUUGAUCGCACUGAAUCAUACUCGUGGCGCUAUCAUCAACGGUUUUACCGAGAAAGAUAUUGGCGAGGCGGUUCUGCAGGCUACUUUUUACUGUGGGGGUCCUUCUGGGAUCGAAGCUACGAAGGUUACGGAGAGGCCUAUUGAUGAGAUGAUUGCGAAUGGGGAGUAUAGGCGGCAAUAG